AGGAGCCGUUAGCAAGAGGCGUGGUUUGUCGGAAUAGCGGUGGGAAGAAGUAGGGCAGCCGUGGGAAGAGUGGAGAGCAGUUAGUGGAAGUGAACGGAGAGGCCGAGGGCCGUUCGCAUCAUCUCCCAUAACAUUAGCGCAACGGCUGUGGCUGGGAUGUGAAAGGCAGCAUGAGCGUGAAGGCCUUCGAGCUGGUGCCCGCUGUGGAGCGGGAGCAGUUGGCUGGCGAUAAGACACGUGUCGGUGUCGAGUGCAUCGAAUGCUGUGGCCAGCACCUGUAUGUGGGCACCAAUGAUGGCUUCAUCCAUCACUUCCUGCUGGAGGAGCGCACCACAGCUAAGGGCCAGCUGUCCUUCAGCUCACAGAAGCUCCUACACAAACAGCUAGGCCUCAAAAAGCCACCAUCUGAGCUCAAAGCUGCCUCGGCCCUAGAACGCCUCAUCGUCUUGUGUGACGGUGUCAUCUCGCUGGUGGAUAUGGUCACUCUGGAACCAGUGGCAUUUGGAGGGACCAAACUGAGAGGCGUGACGGUGUUCUGCGUUAACGAGAAUCCGGUGGGAGCCGAGCCUUUCUGUGUGGAGAUGGCGGUGGCUUCUGCGAGGCGCCGCGCUGUACACAUUUGCACUGUGCAUGAGGACCGGGUCCAGAUCCUGAAGGACGUAGCCACACCUGAUCAGCCAUGCGAUCUCAGCGUGGACGGCUACUUCCUGUGCCUGGCUCUUCCCACACGGUAUGUGAUCCUGAACUAUAGCUCAGGGGCCUCGCAGGAUCUAUUCCCCUACGACAGUGAGGAGAGGAAGCCCAUUGUCAAAAGGAUUGGCAGGGAGGAGUUUCUCCUGGCUGCACCAGGUGGCCUUGGGAUGUUUGCUAACGCUGAGGGCAUCUCCCAGCGUGCUCCUGUCAAGUGGUCGGAGACUGUGAUUGGUGCAGCUGUGUGUUUCCCAUACGUGGUGGCUCUUGACGAGGGCUUUGUAACGGUCCACAGCAUGCUGGAUCAGCAGCUCAAACAGACACUCUCCUUCAGAGAAGGACACAUCCUGCAGGACUUUGAAGGGAAAGUGUUGUUGGCUUCAACAAAGGCAGUGUAUGUGCUGGUACCUCUGCCUCUGGAACGACAGAUCCAGGACCUGUUGGCAGGACAUCGAGUGGAGGAGGCACUGACCCUGACAGAAGGUGCACAGAGAAACAUUCCUAAAGACAAGUUCCAGAUAUUACACAGAAGAAUUCUCCAGCAGGCAGGAUUCAUCCAGUUUGGCCAGCUUCAGUUUGCUGAAGCUAAAGAGCAUUUUAGGAAGGGGCAGCUGGAUGUCCGUGAGCUGAUCUCACUGUGCCCGCUGCUGCUGCCUGCCUCAUCGUCGUUCACACGGUGUCAUCCGCCACUGCAUGAGUUCGCCGAUCUUAACCAUCUGGCUCAGGGGGAUCAGGAGAAGGUGCAACGCUGCAAGCGCUUCCUUAUCAGCUACCUGCGUGAGGUGCGUGCCAGCGAGAGUGCCAAUGGCUUCAGGCAGGAUGUGGACACUGCACUGCUGAAGCUCUAUGCCGAGGCAGGUCACGAGGGCUUGCUGGAGCUGCUGGACUCUGACAACUCUUGCCUGCUGGCCGACAGCACACCCUGGCUAGAGAAACACCACAGGUACUUUGCACUCGGGCUCCUGUAUCACUACAAUGGCCAGGAUGCUGCUGCUCUACAGUUGUGGGUUCGAGUUGUUAAUGGGGACCUCCAAGACUCCACACAUGCUGAUCUGUUUGAGUAUGUUGUGGACUUCCUAAGCUCCUGCAAGAACCUGGACCUUGUAUGGAAGUAUGCAGACUGGGCCUUACAGAAGGAUCAAAAGCUUGGAGUGCGGAUCUUCACUAAGAGACCUGUCUCUAAAGAGCCAACCAGGCAGCUAAAUCCAGACGAUGUGAUCACGUAUCUACAGAAGCACAACCAGGCUCUAAUUCUGUACCUGGAACAUGUGGUUCUAGAGAGGAGGAUACAGAAAGAGAAGUACCACACACACCUAGCUGUGCUGUAUGCUGACCGCGUGCUCACUCUCAUCCCUCGAACCUCAACCACAGAGGAGCAGCUUUCUUCAGCUCGACAGAAACUGCAGAGAUUGCUGAGAGAGUCCAACCUGUACAGAGUCCAGCUGCUACUGGGGAAACUGCAGGACUCAGAGGUGCUGUUAAUGGAGAGAGCGACACUACAUGGUAAGAUGGAGGAGCACGAUAAAGCACUACAUAUCUUGGUGCACCAGCUGAAGAACUCUACAGCUGCACAGGAAUACUGCACAUGGGCAUCUGAAGCUAGUGAUCACAAAAACCGUGGAGAAAUUUUCCAUCAGCUGCUGCGGGUUUACUUGGACCCGGAUGUGCCCGGAGGGCCACGGACUAUUGAGGCUGUAGACUUGCUGAACCGCCACGCUGAGGUUUUUGAUGCCCCAAAGGUUUUGGAACUUCUCCCUGAGGCGUGGUCACUACCAUUGCUCCGCCCCUUUCUGUGCGGGGCUGUAAGGGCCAGCAUGCACGCUCGCCACACCUCCAAGAUCGCACUGGGGCUUGCACGAGCUGAGAACCUGCAGCUACACCGUGACAGGCUGAAGUGCCGAGGAGGUCCGAUCGUUGUGUCGGAAAAAAAGGGAUGCCACCUGUGCCACAACACUUUCAGCGAGCCAGACUGCGUGUGCCUCCCAGGUGGCACGCCUGUCCACACGCACUGUGCCACUCAGAAGCUUAAGGGCUCGCCUACGAAGCGACAAGCAGACCACGCCCACACCAGCAAUCACACCUGAACAUUGCAGGAAGUGGAACAAACUGCAGGGGGAUUCUGCUGGUCCUGGGCCUGAAGAGCUGAGGACAACUGGGUGGAGACGGGCACAGGGAGAGAAAGAGGGGGAGCGAGGAACGAGUGUAGAGACGUCGCACAUCUAGAGCGAGAACAUUCAGAGCAGUUCAGAGUCAGGAUUAAGAGAUAAGUUAAAGCAUGUGUGGCUCAAGAGAAAGACAAAGUUUUUAUUUGAGUGAAUGUGUGUGUGUGAGGGGAAACUGAGAUAGAUAUGAAAUGAUGAGAUGCUAUUUAUUCAUGUUCUUUGCCUUACACUUCAUUAAUUACACAGGUUAUGUUUAACUGAGAGAGUUUUUUUUUUAAGAGUCAGUGAGUCAGAGUCAGCGAGUGUGCUAUGCUAUAUUAUAACACUAACAGAAUGUUUUGUUGGGAAUCAGUUCUGUUGUUCCUCGAACAACAUUGGAUCAUUACGUCAUUGCAUCUGAAAUGAUCAAACUCUGGAGUGGAUGGUUUUCUAUAAGCAGAAUCCACAUGGCUAUACUUCAUGGAUUUUGCUUUAUAUCUUCACACCAAAGUUGCUCUUUCCGACUAUGCCGACAGGGACACGGUUAUUGUCAAAACAGAUUUCAGAAGAUUUCGGACAGAUUUACUUCUGUCCGAAUAAAAAAAAAACAAAAAAAAAAAA